UCCCUUGUGACUCACUCAGUGCCACCUCCAUUUCCCCUUUCUUAAUAAAUAAUUUUAUUUUAUUAUCAUCCUCAAACAAUUCCGAGUGGUUACAACGCAAAUUCUAAUCCCUUCAACUACCGGACAAAUUCACCAAUUUCAGCAUCUCUUCCCAACCCAACUUACUCAGAUACCUCUCUCUCUCUCUCUCUCUCUCUCUCUCUCUCUAAUGCGUUCCAUGCUCCUCCAAUUUAUUACGCCCUCUUUUUCAGACCCAUAUAAUAAUAAUAAUAAUAAUAAUAAUACAUAUACUUAGUACACUACGAACCGCAACCGCAUCCUUCAUAGUAGUUUCUUGUUUCUUCAGACAAAGGUAUGGCUUCUUUGAUUCAGUGUCCGGCAACUUCUUUCUCGGGAACUCGUUUCAACAAGGCACUCAAGUCUCGUGUUCGUUGCUCCUUAGACUCUAAUGUCUCCGACAUGAGCGUCAACGCGCCGAAAGGGCUGUUUCCGCCGGAGCCGGGACAUUAUCGAGGACCAAAGCUGAAAGUUGCCAUCAUUGGGGCUGGGCUUGCUGGCAUGUCAACUGCAGUAGAACUCUUGGAUCAAGGACACGAGGUGGAUAUAUAUGAGUCGAGGACUUUUAUUGGUGGGAAAGUUGGUUCUUUUGUUGAUAAGAAAGGAAACCACAUUGAAAUGGGACUGCAUGUCUUUUUUGGUUGCUACAACAAUCUCUUCCGAUUGAUGAAAAAGGUGGGUGCAGAUAACAAUCUACUUGUAAAGGAUCACACUCACACUUUUGUGAACAAAGGGGGUCAAAUAGGAGAACUAGAUUUUCGCUUCCCAGUGGGAGCGCCAUUGCAUGGGAUAAACGCUUUUUUGUCCACAAAUCAGCUUAAGACUUAUGAUAAGGCUAGAAAUGCUGUGGCUCUCGCACUGAGUCCAGUUGUCAAAGCUCUUAUUAAUCCAGAUGCUGCAUUGAGGGACAUAAGGAAUUUGGAUAGUAUUAGCUUUUCAGACUGGUUUAUAUCCAAAGGUGGCACACGAAUGAGUAUUCAAAGGAUGUGGGAUCCAGUGGCCUAUGCUCUUGGAUUUAUUGACUGUGAUAAUAUCAGUGCACGUUGCAUGCUCACCAUAUUUGCCUUGUUUGCCACAAAGACCGAGGCCUCCCUUUUGCGAAUGCUGAAGGGUUCACCGGAUGUUUAUUUGAGUGGCCCUAUCCGGAAUUUUGGAAUGAUGACUAUUCUAAUUUUUGUAUUUGAUUCUAUUCAUCGCUGGAACAGGUUCCAUCUUAGAUGGGGUUGCAGAGAAAUACUUUAUAAUAGGUCUUCUGAUGGUAGUACUUAUGUUACAGGACUUGCCAUGUCAAAGGCUACUGCCAAACAAAUCGUGCAUGCUGAUGCUUACGUUGCUGCUUGUGAUGUUCCCGGAAUUAAAAGAUUAAUUCCUUUGGAGUGGAGGGAACAGAAGUUUUUCAGUAACAUAUACGAGCUUGUUGGAGUUCCUGUCGUCACAGUGCAACUCAGAUACAACGGCUGGGUUACAGAGUUGCAGGAUCUUGAAAAAUCAAGGCAACUGAAGCAAGCUCUUGGGCUAGAUAACCUUCUCUAUACUCCGGAUGCAGAUUUUUCAUGCUUUGCAGACCUUGCACUAACAUCUCCUGAAGAUUAUUACAUUGAAGGACAAGGAUCAUUAUUACAAUGUGUUCUGACACCAGGUGAUCCGUACAUGCCCUUACCGAAUGAUGAAAUUAUUUCAAGGGUAGCAAAACAGGUUCUAGCACUAUUUCCAUCGGCUCAAGGCUUAGAAGUAACCUGGUCAUCUGUUGUUAAAAUUGGGCAAUCUCUAUACCGCGAGGGACCUGGUAAAGAUCCAUUCAGACCUGAUCAGAAGACACCGGUGAAGAAUUUCUUUCUCGCCGGCUCUUACACCAAGCAGGACUACAUAGACAGCAUGGAAGGUGCAACCUUGUCAGGUAGACAAGCUUCAGCAUAUAUCUGUGACACCGGCGAAGAAUUGGUGGAUCUGCGGAAGGUGCUCGCUACCGAGUUUAAAGAUGAGAUAAAAUUUGCAAACAUAAAAGAUGAAUUGAGCUUAGUAUAAGAUACAUUGUCGUCCAAGUUAGCCACAUUGAAAAGCAGAAAGCUUGUUAUUUAUGCAACUUUUUUAUAAUAUGUAUAUUCAGUUGAAAGGUAAUUAAAGAAUGUGUGUUUCAGCAAGUAGUGCUUGAUAGUAAUUGUGAAAUCUGAUUCAGGCUUCCAUAAAUUGUGAUUCUUACCCUUGUUCUGCCACUAA